GCUUUCUACUACCCUGGUGGGCAUUGAUGGGGUUAACCGUUGACACAGUAUCCUGUAUCUAGAAAGGUCUGUUCCCAGUGUGAUUCCAGCAUUGUUAUCCAGAUCUCGCAUUCUGAGUAUUAGGGGAGAAAUGCAGACUUCGCUCAGGAGUUAUUUUGAGAGCUGUGAUUUCAGAGCUGCUCCUGCCUGUCACUCAUCACCCAAAAAAGGCACUUUGUGGGCAAUUUAAAGAGUCCAGAAACCUCUACACACGCCACAACCUCCUAGCCCUAGAGAGAGCAAGUCCGCUUAACUGGUACGUAGAAUAUAUUUAUUAUCAAAUUUAUAUACUUUCCUAAUUUUCAUCCAUUUCAGGAUUACAAAUAGGAUUAAAUUAUACUAGGAUGCUUUUUCAGACACUGCUCCUAAAGCUAAAUCCAGAAUCUUUUAAUUACCAUCAAACGGAAUUUAAAUAUUCGUUCUUUGUGAAUCUAGAAAUGUAUUUUGGGACCUGUUCACAAAUAGUGCUUUUAUUUAUCCGUAAGGGUCAGGAUGUGAUUUGUUAUUUAAGUUAGUUUAAUAAUUGAUACAAUUCACUAAAUCAAAAUUGCGGGGAACUACAAUAAUGAUUUUACUGUUUAAAUUAGCUGAGAGUGAAAAAUCAUAUAGUAGGAUUUUAUUUCCCUAAAUCAUUUACUUUAGCCCAAAAUUUGCAACAUCCUUCGUCAUUUCUCCACAAUUUCUGAUGAUGUGAAUAAACGUCUCAUUUUGAGCAAUAAGUGUAAACUGCGUGAUGAAGAGUGCAGGAUUUUUUGUAUAAUUUGUAUAAUUUAAGGGAAUUUGUAUUUUGUAUGAAACGUGGAAAAAACUAUUCCCUAUAGAUAAUCUGAGUUAGAUUUAGAUUCAUAUAUUUAACAUUUCACACUUAAUGCCUUUAUUAAGGGCCUAUUGCAUACAUUUACAGGAAUACAUCCAUUAAUAAGUUGAUUGAUAAUACGUUGUGACUGCAGAAGACAUUAAAAUUACCAGAGUUUCUAAAACUAUAGAAUUGGUUGGAUGCUAAUUGCACUUAUUUAUUUAUACAGAUUAAUGGGCAGAUUAUACAAUUGUUAUGGGACAUAUAACGUAAGAGCACUGAUCAUUAAAUAGUACAGAUAUGUGAAAUGAGAGUGUAUUUGUAUAUGAGAUGUGAAACAGAGUCUUUGUGAAUAGGCGGGUAUUCAGGAGAAUGAACAAAACUGGAAAAGAUCUGCAUGGUUGACGGGAUAGGGUUAUGGGUUUUAGGGUGUAGAAAGGCUGAAUUAGUCUAAACUUGGAGCUGAGUGAUCGAGAGAUUGCAUGCAAGAGAUUUGUAUAAGGAGUAAGGAAUUGGACAAUAAAGAUUUGAUACAUCUGAAGUGAGUGGAGUAAACCAAGAUGUCAAGGGCAUUCCGAAUUUGUUGAAGAGUGAUGAUGGGGUGUUAAGAGUAGCUGAGGAGGAUUACAUUGCAGUGGACCAGUCUGGUGAAGAUGAGAGAGCAGAUAAACAGUUGAGUGGUGGUGAAGGCGAUAAAGAGGGUGAAUCCUCUUGAUAGUAAAGAGAUAAAAGGUGCAGAUGAGAAGCAAGAGAGAAUAAAUGUUUGUCAAAUGGAGAGAGGAAUCAAAGACGAGACCAAGGCUAAUGCUAUGGAUGAUGGAAAUAGUGGAAAAAGGGUAGGAAGUAGCAGGUGAUCAAUAUGACAAGAUGAGUCGUGCAGAGAAGAGACACCCUAGUUCUUGUUGGGUUUAUCUGCAGAAAAUGUGAGGCAAAGGAGAUGAUAACAGAGAGGUGAAAGGAGAGACCAGGUGUGAAGCAGUCUGAGUGUCAUCUGUAAAGAAAUGAAUGUUAGAAGUAGAGGGGCUGUGUAGAGAGAAGGCCUUGUAGGACUCUCAACUGGUAGAGGGAUGUGUGGUGAAUGUGUUGUUAAAGAUUAUUACUGAGAUUAAAUGAGAGCCAGGUGAGGACAAAACUAGUAAUACCAAGGUUAGUUGAGACUGAGAUAAGUAUCAGAAGCUACAAGGAGGAUUGGGGGACUGACAAGAGCAUGAUAUUGUAAUGGUGCUUGGUGAGAUCGCAGCAGAACUGACCACUAACUGACCGAAAAUCAUAGAUGAAUCACCAGUAAAACAGACCAUCAACAGGACUGACCACCUACCGAGACCGAUGGUCUUAUCACCAGUAAAACAGACCACCAACAGGACUGACCACCUACCGAGACCGAUGGACUAAUCACCAAUAAAAGAGACCACCAACAGGACUGACCAACAACUGAGACUGAUGGACAAAUCACCUAUAAAAGAGACCACCAACAGGACUGACCACCAACCGAGACCAAUGGACUAAUCACCAGUAAAACAGACCAUCAAUGGGACUGACCAAAUUUAAUAAAAAUAAUUUUCGCUAGUGAAAGAGACCCCCAGCAGGGCUGACCACUAACUGAUUGUGAUUAUAUGACUACUCACCAGUGAAAAAGACCACCAUGACAACAUACCAUCAGCAGUAUUUAUCUACGAAGGACUGAUCUAAAGCUGGUCUAACACCACCAGCUGAACUAAUAGGUGAACAGACCAUUAGAUCAACAGACCCUAAUUGUGAACAAACCACCUGCUGUACUAACAGAGAGAUUGCUCAAAACCCAGCUGAUAGAAAGAAAAUUUGAUGUAAAGGUUAUGCUUAUAUUAUAAAGAUAAUAUUUCCUUCUCUCUUUGAUUUAGUUAAUUGUCUGGUUGGUACAAUGCCACACCUGGGUGGUGGUGCCAAAUGUGCUGCAUGUGAGAAGACCGUCUACCAUGCUGAGGAGAUUCAAUGUAACGGGAGAAGUUUCCACAAACCCUGUUUUAUCUGCAGUAAGUAGACCUCCUUCCAGGGCAUGCAGAACAUUUCAGGAUCUACUGAUAUGACUAUGUCAAGCAGACCAUCGGAUGAAUGUGAUAUGACUGUGUAUAUCUAAAUCUUGAAGAAACAGAGAAAAAUAAAAAAAAAUACAUUAAACUCACACGUUUCCUGACUGCAGACCAAAUCUCAAUAUGUCUCCUGACAUAACUCCAAGGCUUCUAGUCUAGGUCCAUCAUUCCCUGUGGGUUGGUCACAAUCUGCCAUAAUUACUUGUUUCUGUCAUUUUUAUAAUAUGUAUAACAUUUUAUUAUUAUAUGUAUAUACAUAUAAUUAUAGUUUUAUAGUCUUGCCCCAAUUACUGCAUGUUUAUUGUAUAUAUGCUAAAACUUGUUCGGAGUUUAUACUGUUAUCUAUUUGUCCCAUGCGCUCUGUGAAUUUAUUAUUAGCCAUAUUGAGCAUUAUCAGACAUAUUUGGCCGCAGUUCCCCUGAUCUCAGACCCUUGAUGUGAAACCGGGAGAUGACGAGCCUUACAGAUAUUUUGACAAAUGAUACUUCAAAGCCCUUUAGUUGCAUCUGUUGUGCCAAAUGGCUGGGGCUUCCAAGAAUAGAUGGGCUUUAUCUACUGCGUGGCUUUAAUAUCAGCAACACUCCCACACACGGGGAAAGAACAAUUCUAGAACUAAAAAAACAACAUUUAGUAUGUGAUAACAAAACCUUGUUCUAUUGUAGAAACAUAAAUAAAUACCAGCUGUUGAUACAUUAACAAUAAGUUGUAGUUAGAUGUAGGCCGUAAUAGGUGUCUUGGGCAAAUCUACAAUUUAUCUGAAUAGUCAGCUUGCCAUAAAUUGGUAUGAGCAGUCAAUCUGUGUAUACACCCUGUUAUAUCAGAGGUCUAGAACAGAAGAUAUUGGAAUGUAGCAGUAAGAGAAGUGCUAUAAUAUGUGCAAACCACCCUUAAAAAAACGCUUAUCUUGGGGGCGGAGCCUUACUUCCUUGCAGGGUGGACGUGCUGCACGAUAGCUCCUGCAAGCCAGCCACUAAAACGGGGGAUAUAGCCCAAAUCAUUGCACGCACACCGCUGGGAAGGUGACUACAGAGUGAGGGAGACCCGGGAAACCGUUUUGAUACCAAACUUGUACCCGCAACUCACCGGGUCCCCACGAUUCCAGCUUGAGGCCUAACUGCAAUCGAGCGGCGAGCCAGGGAGAGGCGGCCGCUCUCCUGGAUGGUAACCUUGCAGAUGGCAACCUCACCGUACUCACCUCUAACCCUACCCCUUCUGGACAGGCGGGGGUUAUCCCAGACCUCGCUGGGUACCACAGGCAGCCGGCCACCAUUGCUUUCGAUCACCAUGAGGCAGCAAGAUACACCCAAGAUGGCGGAGGAUGGCGGCCGGCACAAGCAAGCGCAGCCCCUAUGCACCAAGCAUCCCCAACACAGCUUGCGGUGCCUGGAUGCUCACUGCCAAACAACAAACUAAACAGCAAGCAGCCCAGCCGCCAAGGUAUGCAGAGGCCCGCACGGGUAAACGGUGCCGAAAGCGCAGGGAGACCACGACAACGGCUUACCGUGACCUGCUGGAAGGCACAUGCGACUACCCCACAGAGGGAAUUGGCAGGGCUUGAGGACACAGCUGGAACUGUGAUUCUAAGCGUGCAGACGGCCACACAUUGAGCCCUCCAAACCAGAGUGAACUCAUACCUUAUACUGAAGCACAUGCCUAAUAGUUAUACUCUGCAUCUGUGUCUUGUACUUUCCUUUUCGAGCCAUACCACGCAUAGCUUCACUGUAUCUGCACCCAGUGAUACCGUAACCUACCUUUGAAUCACUAAUUUGUUAAACCUACUUUAUCAAUAUGCUGCCAGUUUCAUAGCCUGUUGUAAAACAUAUACCUAAAGCCUGGCUAGUCAAAUGUUUAUCUGUUGCUCCACUCUAUGCUUAAAUCUCUUGUGGAAUGUAACCGCUGUUUUCCUUAUGUUCUCUAUACUAAAAAAUUGUGCAUGUCAAAUCUACAGUAAAGUUCAGCCAGAGGACUGCCUUUGGGGCACCUCAGGCCUGUAUGUCAUUCUAUAUUGCACUGCAAAAAAAAAAAACGUGUAUCUUUCCAAGUUUCAUGAAUUUUUUUUAAAAAAAAUUGUAUUUUUAAGGGUGAUUUUCACAUAUCACAGUGCUACAUUUUAGUAUUUUGUUGAGUGAUUUUUGAAAGAGGUAAACACAGUGUGGGAGCAGCAAUUAAUCAUUUAUAAUUUGUAUUAUUAUUUAUUAAUAGAUCUGAUGCACAAUGUUCACGUUCAUUGUCUGGGAGGGAAAGGGAAAAUUAUUAGGAUCCUAUAGAUCAAAAUAUCUCCCCGCCCCCCAAUUAUGUUGUUAUACAAUGGGACAAAGUGUGAAAAGAGUCUAAGAAUGAGCCCUACAUUUUAAAAUACAUUUAACUGGAUUAAUUUAUGCAAGUAUCUAUGCAUCCAGUUCUCUCAAUCUGUUCUAGAUCACGUAAUACUAUAGAGCAGGCUUCCCCAAACUCCGGCCCUCCAGAUGUUACUGAACUACAACUCUGAUGAUUCUAUGAAUGAAAUAGGCUGAGAAUCGUGGGAGUUGUAGUUCAGCAACAUCUGGAGGCCCGGAGUUUGGGGAAGACUGCUAUAGAGACAAAGAGCAUAGUAGGUAAUUUCCCCAAUUUAGCUGUUCAUUAAUAAAUGAGAAAUUAGAAACCCACAAGAUCUAUGAAGACAUUGAGGUAGAUUCCCAAUGACAAAAUAGACAAAUGGAAAAAAGAAAUCUCCAAUUUAAUUAAUUUUCUAGUCCGGUUCAAUUGACCUAAAAUUUGCAAACCCCUUGUCAUCUCUCUAGUUUUAGUAAGUAAACCCUAGUUCUAUUUAUUGUGUGUGUUUAGAGUGUAUUGAUUCAGGAUUAGUUCCUGAUCUAUUGACAUCUGAUGACACGAGACUGGAAUGAUUGAUUUUAACCACUGAAAGAAUCCAGAAAAUCUAUGGAUGAAUAGACAAUUCUCCUAAUCCAAAACAUAACUGACUAUGGUUCAAUGACUGGACUUUGUUUUGCAGUGGUCUGCAGGAAGGCCCUGGAUAGCACCACUGUAGCUGCCCACGAGUCUGAAAUUUACUGCAAGUCUUGCUAUGGAAGGAAGUAUGGACCCAAAGGCUAUGGUUACGGACAAGGUGCUGGGUGUCUGAGCACAGACACAGGAGAACGUUUUGGCAUAGAAGUGGCACAGUGAGUCCUGCUUACUCCAGUCACUUAUGGUGGCAGAAGUGGGAUACCAACAUCUUGCUUUAUAGAGUACUGUAAAUAUAUAUACUACAACUGUAUAUACUACAAUACUGUAAAUAUACAAUUGCAACAAUGUAUAGAUAUAUUUUUUCUUCCUUUUUAAUUAUACACAUAAUAUUUAGUAAAAUAUGAGCUAAUUGUGAGUGAUUUUCAAAAAGGAAUGGGGUUAGAGAAAUUUGAUAAUUUCAUAGUGAUUAAUGUAUACUGUAAUGUGUCCUGCAAGUAAUAAGGUCAUAUGGGGUGGGGGUGGGGGGGACAUUGUAUUUUGCCAUUUUGUUUUUCCUAGUGUAUCCUCUGUGCUAUGAGAUGAGAGUGGACAUAAUUAUUAAAGGGUAAGCGGUACAACCCUUAGUGUAGACAUUAAAAAUGAAAGAGCAUCUUUAAAUUACUUCUUAGGGAGCAGGACCCCCUCCACCCCUACCCACCCCCCCGCCAACAAAAUUAAAAAAACACUCAAACCAUAUUAAAAAAGGGCAGGCACACUAAACAGUGCUUAGCAAAGGGAUCACAUUACUAGUUAUGGUGACUUCAAAAUUUUAUUUUAAAUUGCAAUUAACAAAUAAGUCUGGAGACAAAUUGUCAUUAACUGUUGAUUACUAUUUAAAAUAAGAUAUUUAACUCACUGUACCUGUGGAUGUGAUAUAUUUACUGAACGCUGUUUAGUGCAUCUGCCCCUUAGUUACAUUUGUCAAUCCUUAACAUAACUAGUCCAGCAAUAAGUACAUAAAUAGUAUCUCAGUCAGAGAAAAUGAUUAUAAACUGCUAGUACCACUUAACUUGCCAUACAUCCAAACAUUUCAAAUGGACAAAGAGGGACACUGUAAUUUUAGGGGGUGUGAGUGGGGGGUGUGGCCAGGGGCGGGGCUGUUCUGAGAAGUGUUAGAUAACUUACUAAUAAUUUGUGGAACUUAAUGUAUCUUAUUUACACAGACUGAUUUCUAAACACUUAUUGUAGUUUAUUUAAUUUUUUUGUGCAGGUAGGUACAGGUUAGCAUCAAACACCACAUCAGCAUACAUGAAUAUACAGGAUUGUCGGUGGCAUGGGAAGUUGCACAUUUUUUUGAAGUAUAUAAAUAGGCUUAAUGUUGUUAUGUCUAGUGCUGCAUCUAGUUAUGGCGGAAGCAAGGUAGUUAUGGAGUGCUAGACAUAUGUGUUAGAAGUAGUGAGUGCGACUAAGAUGCUAUAAAAUAGACAGUGUAAGUACAGGAUAAUAACGAGGGGAUCUUUGUGUAUGGGGUAGCUUCAAGUUUAAGUCGCCCUUAGCAGUAGGAGGGUUACCACUGGGUAUGCAUUAGUCACCACUAAUAGUGUACCGCCAGAAUCUUAGGUAAGAUUAACAAACAAACAAACAAAGAGCUAGCAAGGAAAUAAAGGCAAGCAGAAUAUAAAAUGAGGUCAGGCUAAACAUGGGAGAUGAGGCGAUGCUUGGGGGUCGUUCAGCCGGUAACAGCAACAGGUAGAUGCUAGUCCCACAAGGUGGAGUGGUGCUGCUGGUAAAGGGACAGGGGCUCCAGUGACUCUCUGCGUGAGUUGGAAGUCCCAUGGGAGACUGCAUGGGUAAGAGUCUCUGGGUGCGCCAAGUGAAUCAGCCGAUGCCCCUUAUGGAGGCUGGGUUGCCAGGUGCUGCCGGUGGGUAGUUGUAGCUAAGUCCAUCAGGAUGGGCCCUGUUGUAACCCCUGUGUAAAGUACUUCUCUGUUCCCGGCCCGUUGGCAGCGAAGUAAAAUCACCCUCCAGCCCCAGACCGGUAUAGAGGCCGGCAUCUUCGGUCCACUGACCCGUUAUCAUUGAUGGGUCAAGUCCCUCCCAGAUUGGGAGUAGCGGGGGGUCCCUGUGGUUUGCGGUGGGUCCUUCGUCGGUGUGGGCGAUGACUCUGGGACAAGCCCUUGGUGGCCCUCGGCCCAGGACAGUAGCGGGGAAUACGGGCAGUUACGCAACAGCUUGGCCCGAGGGAGUCUCCUGCGCUCUCUGGCUCUCAUCCCUCUGAACAUCCACCGUGGUUAGGGCGGCAAAAGUUUUUGUUUUCGCGAUUCACCGUCGAGGGACCAUCAAGCCGCCAUAGCAAGUAGUAAGUGGGAGCAGUGCCAGAUGCUGCAUCAUGCAUAUUAUUGCUGUGGAGCUCCGUUAUACACUUAGACACACCAACAAUAUGGAGCUCCUAAAAAAGAGGGACACGAAGAGAGAAAAGAGGGACCGAGGGAUUUGGGAACUGUCCUUCUUAAAUAGGGACAGUUGGGAGGUAUGAUAUGGUGUUUUCUAUAAAAGGGCACCGUCUGAAGGCUGUAAUACAGGGUACAUUGCUGUGAAAUUAGUUGGCUUUCCCUAAAUAACAACAAUAAUAAUAAAGAAUCCAGUUUUGUAAAAUCCAGUUCAAUGAAUUAAAUCUGGGAUCGCUACAGUGCGAGAAACAGUAAUGAUUAAUCAUAAAGCAAUCAGCGCAUCUCAAUAAUCACCUCAGUGAAUUGUACAAGAUCUGAUCAUUAAAUCAUCCAGUUUAUAGUCUUAGCUGAAGGUUUAAAAAACGAAAUAGUAGUGAAUUGGAAAUUAUAUUGUACAAUUAAAAAUUGUAGAAUUUAGGCGAAAUUUUCUAAAUCAACUAAACUUUACCAUCAAUUCAGCGUUAAGUGAAUAACCAGCCUUGUGUAGUGAUAUACGGUAUGUGCAAGGUAAUGUUUACAGUGAAACCCGCUCCACCAUGCAACUGGUUUAUUUCAACAUUUCUAGAAGGGCAUGUUUCUCAGUACUUAAUGCACUAAUUAUGGUGUAUUUUCACAGGUCACUCCCAGCUCGUGGCUCACCCACAACCACGCACACUUCUAAGUUUUCACAAAAGUUUGGUGCCACAGAAAAAUGCCCCAGAUGUGGUAAAUCUGUCUAUGCUGCGGAGAAAGUGAUGGGUGGCGGGUUGGUAAGUUAUUAGGUUACUGUUUCCAUCAUUAUGGCUUUUUUAUCCACGUCUGGUUAUUCGUUUAUAAUGAUGCUAAUCCACGUUAUAAAUCAAAGGUCAUAACUAAGGAGGCUUGCAAAAAUUCCAUGUGGGAAUCUCAAACGGUAACUGUGUUAUGUGGGCUAUUUUGCAUAUAUAUUGCAUGGCAUUCUGUGAUACUUACAUAGAAACAUAGAAUGUGACGGCAGAUAAGAACCAUUCGGCCCAUCUAAUCUGCCCAAUAUUUCAAAAUACUUUCAUUAAUCCCUGACCUUAUCUUAUAGUUAGGAUAGCCUUAUGCCUAUCCCACGCAUGCUUAAAUUCCCUCACUGUGUUAACCUCUACCAUUUCAGCUGGAAUGCUAUUCCAUGCAUCCACUACCCUCUCGGUAAAGUAAGACUUCCUGAUAUUAUUUUUAAACCUUUGCCCCUCUAAUUUAGGACUAUGUCCUCUUGUUGUGGUAGUUUUUCUUCUUUUAAAUAUAGUCUCCUCCUUUACUGUGUUGAUUCCCUUUAUGUAUUUAAAUGUUUCUAACAAGUUAUAGUAUUGCUUUAAGGAAACGUAAUAUUUUCCAGAAAAGCUUACAGUCUAUUGGAAAUAGUUGCAGUUUGGUUUAUUGGUUAAUACAGUCUUUUCUCUCUCUGUCUCUUGCAGCCUUGGCAUAAAACUUGCUUCCGAUGUGCUUUUUGUGGUAAGAGUCUCGAUUCCACGACGGUGACAGAGAAGGACGGAGAGAUUUACUGUAAAGGUCAGUAUAAAGUACCAGGACAGAGUCGGGAUGUCAUAGAGAAGUCUUAAAAGGUUUCUGCAGGAAUUAUUUAACCUUGUGAUGUCACAUAAAGCUAAAAAAAAACCUUCUCGCCCACACAGUAGGUCAGUGGUUAGUGCUGUACCUGCAAUGUAUAGUGCCUACUAUAACAUCAAGUUUAAUUCCUUCCAAUAUCAAUAAACCAAGUACCAUCCAGCUUUGUAAUACUUACAUCAACGAAUCAGUUUAGAUUCUUAUCAUUACAUUAAUAUUGUCCUGGACUGAUAUCAAUGUCUCAGGUCUCCAGCUUGCAUGGCCUGAUAUUUUGCAAUUCAUUGAUCUCCACAUUUACAAUGGAUGAGGAGCAGUAGCUUUCUUAAGCUUUUAAUGGGAUACCACUGACCACUCUCAGCCAAACAGCAGCGCCCCUCCCCGGCGGCACUCCGCACUUCCUGAAGCUUAUAUUUCAGAAGCUUGUUGGCUCCUGGGGGAAGUUGAGAUCGGCGCUGGGUGCUCAGCAUCUCUCCGGGGGAAUGUUUAGCAUCUCUAUAGAGAGUGUAGUAACCAGGGCCGGACUGAGGGGAAAAAAAUCACAGCGGCCAGAGGCGGCUCUAGACUUUAUGAGGCCUUAGUGGGGCCUCAUGUUUGAGUUUCGCCUAACAAAAAAGUGUCACAUUGAUGCACAGUUUACCUGUGUAUGUGUCUGAGAGUGUGUCUGACAGAGUGUGUGUGUGUGUGUGUGUGUGUAUGUCUCUGUGAGCAUGUUUGCGUUUUUGUCUGAGACCCUAUUUGUAUGGGGUAGCUGCUUGAAGUGUGUUGUGUGUAUGGGGGGUGGUGAUGAGAGGGGGGUGAUGGUAAUGUGAGAGGGAGGAUGAUGCGGAGGGUGGUGGGGGGGUGAGGCUGAGGGUGGUGUGGUGUGGGGGGUGAGGCUGAGGGUAGUGUGGGUGGGGAGGAGAAGCUGGAGGGUGUGAGGAGGAGAGGCUGAGGUGGUGUGGUGUGUGGGAAGAGGGGGGUGGUGAGAGGCUGAGGGUGGUGUGGUGGGGGCUAGUGAGGCUGAGGGUGUUGGGGUGAUGCUGAGAGUGGUGGGAGGCUGAAGGUGGUGGGGGUGGUGAUGCUGAGGGUGGUGGUGGAGGCUGAGGGUGUGAUGAGGCUGAGGUGGUGGGGAGGGAGAAGCUUAUUGUGGUGUGGUGUGAGGCUGAGGGUGGUGUAGUGUGGGGAGGAGAUGCUGAGGGUGGUGUGGUGUGGGGAGGAGAAGCUGAGGAUGGUGUGGUAGGGGGUGAUGGUGAUGCUGAGGGUGGUGGGGGUGGUGAUGCUGAGAGUGGUGAGGGAGGGUGAGGCUGAGGGUGGUGUGGGGAGGAGAGGCUGAGGGUGGUGUGGGGAGUGAUGCUGAGGGUGGUGGGGGGUGAGGCUGAGGGUGGUGAGGCUGAGGGUGGUGGGGGGUGAGGCUGAGGGUGGUACUGUGGGUGGAGGAGAGGCUGAGGGUGGUGUGGGAGUGAUGCUGAGGGUGGUGUGGGGGAGUGAUCCUGAGGGUGGUGGGUGAGGUUGAGAGGGGUUAGAGAGAACCUACCUUAAUUGUUUGAAGGACCCAGAAUGUGUAUAGGAGAUGUAGUGAAUGUGUGUGUAUAUAGUGGAUUCAGAAUGUAUAUAGGGAUCUAGUGUGUGUGUGUGUGUGUUCGUAUAUAUGAUCCAGAGUUGGGUAAGGGAUCUAGUAUGUGUCUGAAAUGUAAUUUGUUUAGGGGUGCAGUAGUGUAUAAUGUUUGGAAGUAUUGUGUGUGUGUGUGUGUGUGUGUGUGUAAGUGGCGCAGUGUGUUGGUUGGGUUCUGUGUGUAUGUGUGAGGGGGGUGCAGUGUGUGUGAGAGUGUUGUGUGUAUAUGAUAGGAGGGAUUGUGUGGUGGGGGGGGGGGGGUAAAAAACAAGCAAACAAAAAAACAGGCAUUAUAUUCUCCCCCUCUUCCUUCUUACCUUUAGCCUGGGGGGGACUGUGCUGCCAUCCCUGGUGGUGCUAGUGGUGAGUGAACUCUAGCCUGUGAGGCUAGAGUUCACUCUUGUGAGAUCGGGGGCGUUGCCAUGUCAUCGCUCCAGAUCUCGCGAGAGGAACCCAACAGAGCUGCCAGAUAGAAGAGGACCCGGUGGAGCUCUAUCUCCCUCCCCAGCCGCAUGUCUGUGGAAGUGGCUCUCCCCACUGGCCCGUCAUGGAAUGCAGCUGGCAGCAGUUGGCCAGAUAACAGUAGAGCCUGACCCAACAUUGCUCAACCACAUAAAAAAAAAAAGUUUUGCAGGUUAGGUAGGUGAACCUUGGUGAUAUCUUAAGUUCUCUGACUGAGGGUGAUGCCAAUGAAAUGUUACUUAACCCACUAUGUCUCCCUCUCCAGUUUGCUACGCUAAAAACUUUGGUCCAAAAGGGAUUGGCUUUGGCGGCCUGACACAAGUGGAACAGAAAGAAGCAUAAUAUGAAUGGCUGUACUGGAGGCUCCCCUUUUUGAAGUAGUUAUCUAUGAUUACCUCUCCUGGAUGCACAGCUUUCAGUAUAAACAAACCGACCACGUUUUCUUCAUUACGGAGAAUCUACCACAGAGUUAGAAAUACAAUGAAUAUGGAUUCCGAGCAGAAAAGUGCAUGUUCUCCUCCUUCCGUAUUCAAUAUCCACUGAAUGGGUUAAUCUUAAAUCAGAGGGUGCAGAGUGGAGACCAGUUUGUGGGCAAAUAGUGCAGGGGACAAACGUGAUAAUGUGUUCGACGUCCCACGUUACAGAGUGACGGAUUACGUAAAUCGAGGGCAAACAAUGUGUCUUAGGAUGACAACCUAAUAAAAUAUAGAAAAAAAUU